AUGAUAGCCGGACUACAAUUCAAUAUUCCCAAUGUCAAGACUAUAAAUAAAUGGCUUCCCAGCUUCCAAUCAUGCCGAACAGUCGACUACUGUAACCGAGAUCUGAACCAAAGCACAUCAAGUCUCAAUCCAUACUUUAAAGUGCUAUCUAAGGCCAGUAUAGAUGCAGUGCAAGCUCUUACAGCACUCGUGAAGACAGAUACACGUUUGGUGCAGGGAGUUGCUGUCUUUAACUAUAGAGCAGUUCCAGAAAGCUUAUACAGGACAAAUGAAGUCGAAAAUGCAACAACAAACAUCCGUGAGGAUGAUACCGUGGAACCGGAAUCAGAUGAUCAGUCUUUAAACUUUUCGAAGGUGAAGAAAGACUACAGAGUACCAAAGUACCCGAUAGUGCUUUGCCACGGGUUUUCCGGAUUCGAUACGCUUAUUUAUAUUCCGGCAGUCAAGUUUUCGAUCGAUAUGUCACCAUUCAAGAGUGAAACCGAAAAAAAGCAGAAAAAAGACGAUGCGUUAUACCAGGAAAUGGAGCGGGGCAAGCAGGAAAUUGAUCGGGAGAACAAACUGAAGCCAAAAGAUGACUCGGAAGAUGAAAAUGAAGGUGGAGUUGCACUGUUUGAGUAUUGGCAUGGCAUAAAAGAAACAUUAGAGGAACACGGAUGCCGUGUUUUGGUGGCCAAAGUUCCACCUUUUGCUGCAAUUGAAACGCGAGCAGGUGCAUUGAAUGAAUUUAUUGCGGAUAAAGUGACAAAAUGGCAAAAUAAGCACCACACGAACGAGAAUGUGAAGAUCAACCUUGUUGCACAUUCAAUGGGAGGUUUGGACUGCCGGUAUCUAAUCUCAAAACUCGAAAAAAAGAACUACGAGAUCAUGUCGCUCACAACCAUCUCAACUCCACAUAGAGGGACGUAUGCCGCGGAUUUUGCCACGAAGUAUGCGCCAAAGGCAGCAAUAGACAACUAUUUCCCUUCAUUAAGACAAAUGACCCGAGAAUACUCUAGGAAAAUGAACCGGGAACUUUUGAACGACCCCAAGGUACAGUACUUCAGUUUUGGUGGUUCGGCACACCUCAAUCCUUCCGACAUGUACUAUAUUCCGUGGUAUGUGAUUGGCCAGAAAGAGGGACCAAAUGAUGGAAUGGUGAGCCUUCGAAGCUGCAAAUGGGGAAAGUACAUGGGUCACAUUGAAGGUGUAGACCACAAGGAUUUGAUAAACUGGAUGGGAGGUGUUAAUCGAAUAAAGCAGGCUGUUGGUGCAGAGGUCGACUUCAAUCCGCUUGCCUUUUACCUGAGUAUCGCAGAUAAUCUUGCCAGGAACGGCCUAUAA